CUAAAACCUGCAACUUCAACCCAUAAUCAUCAUCAUCCCUGAAGAAAGAAAAGUAAGCAUGCUUUCACUGAAACCUAGCAAGAAUCAUUUAAGAUCCCCAUUUCAGUUCCAUGUUUCAAAGCUUCAAAGACAGGCUCAGACACUUCAUCAAGCAAGAAAAGUUGUUGCAAGGAAGCUUACUGUGAUAGGGUGUCAAGGAGAAGCUAAUAAGAAGGAAAGGCGGAGUUUCUUGAGCCUUGAAGAAGCUGGUUUAGUGGAAAUUUCUGGUCUGGGAACUCACGAACGCUUCCUAUGUCGAUUAACGAUCUCAUCACUAAAUCUACUUAGAGUGAUAUCAGAGCAAGAAGGAUUGCCAAUUGAAGAACUUAAUGCUGGAAGGAUCUGUGAUUGGUUUCUCAAGGACAAGCUCAAAAGAGAGCAGAAUUUGGAGUCGGCAGUUCUUCAAUGGGAUGAGUCUGAAUUCCAGUUAUAAGAUUGCUUUUGCCUGUUACAAGUUGAUUAUGCAAUAUAAGUAGCCAUACCUUUAUUA